AUGAGUAAUAAUAGUAAAUCACCACCAAAUGAACAACACCAACAACAACCUCAUCCACCAGAUGUUUUAGUUCAAUUGACAGAAAGUUUUCAACAUUUUUUUCAGUCAUUAUCACCACAAUAUCAAUCAAUGACUUCAUUGCCAUCAAUUAAUAAAGAUAGUUAUACAAGUGUUGGUAGUGCACCAACAACCAAUAAUAAUAGUAAUAGCAAUAGCAAUAGUAAUAGUAGUAAUAGAAGUUUAAAUAAUAGUGGUAGUAGUAAUAGUGGUGGUGGUGGUAGUAAUUCAAAUAAAAAAGUUAAUAAUAAUAAUAAUAAUAAUAAUAAUAAUAAUAAUAAUAAUUUACAAUCACCAACUCAAUCACAAUUUCCAUAUCAUUAUCAAUAUAGUAGUAAAGCAUUACAUGAUUUUGAAGAAAAGAGAAAAUUAUUAAUUGAACAAUUGAAAUCGGUUAAAAUCAAUUUAGAUACACAAUGUGAUGAUGAUCCAAUAUCAUUUAUAAAGAUUAGAAUGGAAUUAACAAAAGUAAAAACAAGUUUAGAGACUGAAUUAAAAUCAUUGGAUGAAUUAUUACAUACAACUAGUGAAGUUGAGGAACCAAAUCCAACACCAAUUGAUAGUAUAACAUCAUUGUUAACAAUGAUAAUGCCUUCUUCAAUUUCAAAUUCUGUAACUAAUAAUACACCAUCAUCUGCAACUCCAUUAACAUUAUCAAAUAAUAAUAAUUACACUUCAUCAUCAUUGGCUACUUCGCCCACUACAAAUUCAUCAUCUUCAUCAUCAUCAUCAUCCUCAUCGUCAUCAACUCAUUAUUAUAAUAGUUCAAUCUCUUCAAAUUCAUUAUCUUCAAAUUUACCUCCAAGUUCAAUACCAAUUUUAAAUACUUCAAAUAAUAAAAAUAGUUAUCCAAAUUCAAUCAUUCCUCAAGGUACACCAUUAGAUAACCCUGAUCCAAAUCUUCCAAGAUUUCCACAAAGAGAUCAUAUUAGUGUUAAAUUAUAUGUUGAUUGUGAUGAUUAUUUUGCUGCUUCUGCUCAAGCAAUUGAAAAUGCAACAAGAGAAGUUUUUAUUACAGCUUGGUUUUUAUCACCUGAAGUUUAUUUAAUUAGAUUUCCAUCAUUGGAUGAAAGAUAUCGUUUAGAUAAUUUAUUAAAAAGAAAAGCAAUGCAAGGUGUUAAAAUAUUUAUUAUUCUUUGGGAUGAAACAAAGAUUGCAACUUUUAAAGGUAGUAAAAGAGCAAAAGAUAAAUUAGAAGAAUUACAUACAAAUAUUAAAGUUAUUAAACAUCCACCAAUUAUUCCUAUAUAUUGGUCACAUCACCAAAAAACGUUAAUAAUUGAUCAAGAGAUUGCAUUUGUUGGUGGUGUUGAUUUUUGUUUUGGUAGAUUUGAUACAUGGUGUCAUCAUUUAAUUGAUGUUAAUAGUACUUUAUGGAAAGGAAAAGAUUAUUAUAAUCCAAUUUUAGGUGAUAUGGGUGAUAUUUUAGUACCAUUUGAAGAUAGUGUUGAUAGAAAAAAAAUACCAAGAAUGCCUUGGCAUGAUGUUAUGGCAGGUGUUAAUGGUUUAGCUGCGAGGGAUGUUGCAUUAAAUUUUAUAUUAAGAUGGAAUCAUCAUAAGGAUGAUUAUUAUCCUCAAUUAUAUUUCGAUACAACACCAUUAUCACCCGUUGGUACAAGUCAAUGUCAAUUAUUAAGAUCAAUGGAUGAAUGGUCGGGUGGUGGUAGAAUUGAGAGAUCAAUCCAUACUGCUUACGUUCAAGCCAUUGAAGACGCAAAUCAUUAUAUUUACAUUGAAAAUCAAAAUUUCGUAUCAACUCAUGCUCCAAAUGUUUGGAAUCAAAUUAGUUUUGAAAUUGUAAAACGUAUUAAACGUGCCAUUAGAAAGAAAGAAGUAUUUAGGGUAUUCAUAGUUAUACCAUGUCAACAGGAUGGUAAAGUAGAGGAAACUCAAAUCAAAGGUUUAAUGCAUUGGCAAUAUUCAACGAUUAUACGUGGCGAAAAUACAAUAAUGAAACUGUUAAGAAGGGAUUGUCCAGAUGUAGAUCUCACUGAAUAUAUUUGUUUCCUCUCCCUAAGAACUCAUGCCUUUCUUGAAGGUACAUUUGUAACCGAGCAAAUCUAUGUCCAUAGUAAAUUAAUGAUCGUUGACGAUCGUACAAUCAUAGUUGGCUCUGCAAAUAUAAAUGAUCGUUCCUUAAUUGGUGAACGUGAUAGUGAGUUGGCUUUUAUAAUUCGUGAUGAAAUAGAUACAAUUCAAACUAAAAUGAAUGGUCAAGAUUAUAUAGCAAGUAGAUUGGUCUUUAAUUUUAGAUUAAGAUUAUGGAAAGAACAUUUAGGUUUAUUACCUCAAAUUAAUUAUCCGCCUCAUGAUCAAAUUAAUAAUGAUAUAAAUAAUAUUGUAAAUUUAAAUAAUAAUAAUAAUAGUAAUAUUAAUAAUAAUAUUAAUAAUAAUAAUAAUGAAAUUAAUAAUAAUAAUAAUAAUAAUAAUAACAAUAAUAGUAAUGAAAUUAAUAAUAAUAAUAGUGAUGGAAUUUUAAACAAUAGUAAUUCAUUUCAUCAUGGUAGUGUUAGUGAUAAUUUACCACCACUUAAUCCAUCAUCAAAUUUAAAUUCUUCAAACAAAAAACUACCAACAACAACAACAGCGGCAGCGGCAGCAACAACAACAACAACAACAACAACAACAACAACAACAACUAAUGGUACAGGUACAACUAAUAAACAAAAAACUUCUCAUCAUAGAUCAAAUAGUUUCCAAGGUUUGGUUUUACAAUCUCCUGGUUCAAAUAGAUCAAAUUUAUCAUCACCGCAAGAUUCACCACAAGAUUCACCCAGAUUAAAAAAUUUAGCUGAGGAGAUUUCACCACCACCAACAGAACAACACCAACAUCAAUCACCAAUAACAGAUAUAAAUUUAAUAUUGGAAAAUGUAGAUACUAUAAUUCAUAGUAAUGAACAAUUACCACCACCACCAUCAUCAACAACACCACCACCACCACCACCACCAUUAACAACUACCGAUAGUGUUAUAAUAGAAGAUUACAAAUCUGAUGGUGGCAACCUAAAUAUUGAAAACAAUAAUAGCAACAACACAAUAUUAACAAACGCGGCAACCUCAAUGAAUAACUCAACUUCUUCAUUAUCAUCAACAUCCCUACCAACAACAACAACAACAACAACUGCACAACAACAACAACAACAACAACAACAACAACAACAACAACAACAACAACAACAACAACAACAACAACAACAACAACAACAACAACAACAACAACAACAACAACAACCAUCACAACAACAACAACAACAACAACAACAACUAUCACAACAGCAACAAUUACAAAUAAAGAAAAAAAGAUCAUCAAUAUCUCCAUCAACAUCUUCAAAUAAAUUAUUAUUAUCAGGUAAUGGAAGUGGAGAUUCAAUUAGGGUAGUAACGGAUAGUGGUUCAUCACCAAGAGGUCAACCACGUUCUAUGUCUAGUUUACACGAUCAUGCAGAUUCAAGUUAUUGUCAAAAGAGUAAUAUUGAUUUGAUUGACCCAACUUGUAGUGAUUUUUACUUUGGAGUUUGGAUUGCAACGGCUGCUUCAAACACAAGAAUCUAUGAUACCGUUUUUCCUGCUAUCCCUAAAAACUCUAUAAAAACUUGUGAACAAUUUGCUCAACUCCAAAAAAUACCUGUAUCAUUGGCUGAUUCUAAACUCUUAUCCGAGGUACGUGGUAAUCUAGUUUUUCAUCCUUUAGAUUUCUUAGAAGGAGAAGAUUUACAACCAUCUUUCUUGUUCACUGAUGAUUUAUUCCAAUAA